AUUGUCCGUCAGCAACGAUACUGUUGCCACUGGUUGCCAUUGAAGGUAAACAACUUGGAACAUGCCCACGAUCAGUAGGGAUGAUCUGACAGGAAAUUAUAUCUGAUACAAAUGGCGGAAGCGAGACGAAUGCAACAUUCUACGAAACAUAACCCGGCGCAAGAAGCGGCGGACGUAGCACAGGAGGAGCAGGAAAAGAAGCAUGUGAAUCUGGAGAUUCUCGAGGACGUUGAGGAGGCGGCUCAGCAACCGGUUUAUCAAAUUCGACCGCAUCUUCACGAGAAGUUCAAGCCUCUAAGUGCGAAAGAGAUAAUCCAUGAUGUGCUGUUCGAUCAACUCGCCACCAAGUCGUAUGACGCCCAGGCAGCUGCGCAAUGGACCGAAAAUAUAUCAGAUAUUAUUGAGAGAAAGAUGAAGGACUUACAGUUUAAGAGGUACAAAUAUAUCGUCAACGUGGUUUUGGGCCAGCAACAUGGUGCCGGCGUGAAAAUAGGUACAAGAUGUAUUUGGGAUGCAGAAGCUGACACAUAUGCCUAUGACAGUUUUAUCAAUGAUACUAUAUUUUGCGUGGCUAUAGUGUAUGCAGUUUAUUAUUAUUAGGAGGGUUAUUUUUUUUUCUAGAAAAUGUAUAUGUGGACGAGGCGCAUGUAUGGAAAAGUAUUGUUUAGAAACAACGGUGAAUUUAUUAAAGUAUAACCUAUUAUUAUUGUACAUUGAUAUAUAUGUAACGCAGUGUUAUAUGUCACGAUAUGACGCAAUUUUUACAUGUAAUUACAGAUAAUAUUUAUAGCCA